UUGGUUAAUGAGAAAUACAAAAGGAGAAGCCUGGAAAUAAGAAAAAGAUCCAGAAUAAUGGCAGAGAAGAAAAAUAGUGUGGAUGGGCUUAACCGAGGGGCUUGGCAACCUGAAGAAGAUCUGCUUUUGAAAACAUACGUUGAAGCAAAUGGUGCAGGACGUUGGAGUACUCUGGCCUCCAAAGCUGGUUUGAAGAGAUGCGGAAAGAGUUGCAGGUUACGUUGGAUGAAUUACCUUCGCCCAAAUGUGAAGCGAGGCCAUAUUACUCCAGACGAAGCAGACCUCAUUAUAAGGCUUCACAAACUGCUUGGAAAUAGGUGGUCGUUGAUUGCUGCCCGUGUACCAGGAAGAUCAGACAAUGAUGUUAAAAACUUUUGGAAUAUUCAUCUGAGCAAGAAAUCGGGUCGCAAAGGUGUACACCUCAAUACCCACAAGUCAAAGCUCAAAGAUACGCCCUCUCCCAAUACUAAUAGUAUUGGGGACUCGACCAAGGAUGAAAUUGAUUCAAAGUGUUCUACCAACUUCAAUUUUCAGCCUGAUAGGCUAAGCAUGCAAAGAGAUUCGAUCCUUGGUUCAGCAGAGCCCAAAAUGUUACAAAAUCCAUGCAAAGGCGAAUCAGGUGGGCGAAAUCCUUGCCCAGAUGAGUCCACCAAGCCGAGAAAUGGUCAUGUUUUACAACAUGUCAUUGCACCAACAAAGUGCAAUCUCAACACAGCGUCUUACACUAUAUCUUCAGUUGAGAAUGAUGAAUUACAUAGUGCAGUAUAUAAAUUUUCACCCCCAUUAACAACUCUGGUUCAGCAGAAUUCUCAUGGAUUCCUAACUGAGAUUUCUGACAGCAUGCAGGGAUUAACAACGUCUAACCAAUAUCAUCCACACUCAGACUCAUUUGGGUUUGGUUUUGUCCCUGGUCUUGAAUCCAAUUACAUCUUUGACAGUGUAAGCUGCUCUACCAAUCUGCAGCCUAACAACCUCAAUUCUCAGUUGGAAUAUCAUUGCAAAGCUGAACCAGAUGGGCAAAAUCCUUGCCCAGAUGAGUUCACCAUGCUGAGAAAUGGUCUUGUUUUGCAACAUGUUAUUACACCAACAAAGCCCAACCUCAACACAGCAUCUUACAAUAUAUCUUCAGUUGAGAAUGAUGAAUUGCAUAGUGCAGUGUAUAAAUUUUCAUCCCCAUUAACAACUCUGAUUCAGCAGAAUUCUCAUGGAUUCCUAAGUGAUAUUUCUUAUGGCAUACAGGGCUUAACAAACUCUACCCAAUAUCAUUCACACUCAGAUGCAUUUGGGUUUGGUUUUGUCCCUGGAUUUGACAGUACAAGCAGCUUUACCAAUCUGCAGCGAAAUAACGUCAAUUUGUAGUUGGAUAUAGAGGAUGUGUGGUUAUAUAUUUCAGGCAUCCUGUGAUGUACCUUUUAUUAGAUUUUCAUUUUGUAUUGCCAUGGAGUAAACAGCUAGCUUCCUUAUGGUUUUUUUGUGUGUUUUCUUCCUUGGACAAUUAUAAAGAUCCUCCAGAUAAGACUCUCAGAAGUUUCUGGGCACAGGGUUGAGGUCUUUUUAAGAACAGGGUGUUCUUUGUGGCCAUUUAUAUUAUCUUCUAUAAAGAAAAUAUUUAUAAAUAAAUGUGUUCUUUGUGACCA